CAAUGUGAAGCUGUGAAAGUGAUGGUUGAUUGCUCUGCAUAGGGAAAAAUCCAAUCAGAGAGCGUCGGGAUUUCCUCCGCCAACAGUAUGGAACUUUUGAAGCUGAUGAUGUUCAAAAGUGACUUCCUGUCCAAUGGCAAAUGUGACGAUCGCGUGCCGCCGAUUAACCUGAGUCAAUUGCCAGAGUUCUUGCUAUCUACCAUCCCGAAAUGCGGCGGCUGCCACGAGCUGAUCCUGGACCGCUUCAUCCUCAAAGUGCUGGAGAGGACGUGGCACGCCAAGUGCCUGCAGUGCAGCGAGUGCCAUGGCCAGCUGAACGACAAGUGCUUCGCGAGGAAUGGCCAGCUCUUCUGCAAGGAGGACUUCUUCAAACGUUACGGUACAAAGUGUUCCGCUUGUGAUAUGGGCAUUCCGCCCACGCAGGUGGUGCGUCGGGCGCAGGACAAUGUCUACCAUCUGCAGUGCUUCCUGUGCGCCAUGUGCUCCCGCACCCUGAACACCGGCGACGAGUUCUACCUGAUGGAGGAUCGCAAGUUGAUCUGCAAGCGGGACUACGAGGAGGCCAAGGCCAAGGGCCUCUAUCUGGAUGGCUCCUUGGACGGCGAUCAGCCGAAUAAGCGACCGCGCACCACGAUCACCGCCAAACAGCUGGAGACCCUAAAAACCGCCUACAAUAACAGUCCCAAGCCCGCCCGCCAUGUACGUGAGCAGCUUUCGCAGGACACGGGCCUGGACAUGCGGGUGGUGCAGGUCUGGUUCCAGAACAGGCGGGCCAAGGAGAAACGACUGAAAAAGGACGCGGGCCGCACGCGCUGGAGCCAGUACUUCCGCUCGAUGAAGGGCAACUGCUCGCCGCGCACCGACAAAUUCCUCGACAAGGAUGAACUGAAGGUCGACUACGACAGCUUCAGCCACCACGAUCUGAGCAACGACAGCUACAGCACCGUCAAUUUGGGCCUGGACGAGGGCGCCUCCCCGCACAGCAUCCGCGGAUCCUACAUGCACGGCAGCUCGAGUCCUUCACAGUAUCCGCCGAGCAGUCGCUCGCCGCCGCCAGUUGGCCAGGGGGGCCACACGUUCGGCUCCUAUCCGGACAAUAUUGUGUACACCAAUAUAGAUCAAGCGGUGGGGUGUAGUUUGCAUGCCAGCAAGGCGCACCACCGCCUACACAAUAGCAACAACGUCUCCGAUCUGAGCAACGAUUCCAGUCCCGAUCAGGGAUACCCCGACUUUCCGCCCAGUCCCGACUCCUGGCUGGGCGAUUCGGGCAGCACCAACACGACCAGCGUCAACAACAAUGCGAACAACAACAGCAGCGGCAGCCACAACAACAACAACAACAGCAGCGGCGGCGGUGCGAGUAGCGGAGUGAGCGUCAGUACCGCCCCCAAUCCGUCGGCGCCCGGCGUACAUUACUGAUACUCGAAUCUGCUCUUGCGCUAUUUUGAGAUGCAGUCGCGCAGUCUGCUCCUGGCCGCUGCCCAGCAGCAGCAGCAGCAUCAACACUCGUCGCAGCUAUAGCCGCGUCAUCACACUGAACUCUCGCAGCAGCAGCAGCAACAGAAACAGAAACGGAAACAGAAACAGCAACGGAAACAGCAACAGCAUUAGAGGCAGCAACAUGUGACUUGGCGAGCUGCAACACCGACUGCAGCAACAUGAACGGAAAUGCUUGAGAAUUGCGUGAGAAAGGUGGCAACGCUGCGCGCGGCUCGCACACACACACCCACAUCCACACCCUAUUGUUUAUGCACUCAGCGUUCUUGAUUUUGAGGAAGCCUACACCGAAACAAAAAUCCAAAACACAAUUUGCUCAAAAUACUUGAUUUCACUUCGGUUUGCCAAAGGUGGGCUUAGCUUGAAGAUACACCUGACACGGCUUGAAUGUUACUAGGCGUUAUGAUUAUCUGUUUUCGAACGAUUACUUCGCUCUAUCAUUUAGAUUCGUAGCCCUGAUAUUUUAUUGUAAAUAUUGUAUAUUUGUGUAUAGUGAAUGGAAACUAAAACUGAAUUUUAAAUUAAUUAAGUCUGUAUAGCGUCAAACAAAUGCGGGGCAUGGCGAGCACAACAUUGGUUAGGCCCUGCCCGGAAAACCAAAACCAACAUCAAGUUAUUUAUUGCUUUAUAUAGGAAUACAAGAAAAUUGCAUAGGAGAAAUAUCAAUUACGAAAACGUGAUGUCGUAUUUAUAUCUAACGAAUAAAAGAAUUACAAAAACCAAAAAUAUUUCAACCAAAUAGAAAUGUCAGUAAAAACAGCAACUACGUAAAUGAUAAAACGAAUGCGAUGA